AUGGAACUUACCACUCUAGUGGUUGCAGCCAUUGUCUUUCUGGUGGCCUUCACCUUGUUUCGACGAACUGAUCCACGCCUGCCGCCCAGUCCCAUGCGACCCCUGCCUUUAGUGGGUCAUCUCUUCUACAUGGCCAGUGACCCCAGACCCCAGUUCAAAAACUUCAGGAAACAGUGUGGAGAUAUCUACAGCCUGUACUUCGGGAGCGCCCUGGUGGUUGUUCUCAACGGUUAUGACCUCAUCAAGGAGGCCCUGGUCAAGAACGCGGACGUCUUCUCUGACAGGCCACCAAUUUUCAUGGAUUUGGCAACUGGUAUAAAAGAAAAAGGAGUGUCAUUUUCUAAUGGAGACAUCUGGAAAGAACAAAGAACUGUCGGUUUGUCAAUCCUAAGAUCAUUCGGCAUGGGAAAGAAUCUUCUGGCCGAGAGGAUACAGGAAGAGGCUGUCUGUUUGGUGAACCAUCUGGCCACUCUCAAGGGGAAACCAGUAGACACCAGAAUCGUGACCAACAUAAGCACGUCCAACGUCAUCUGCUCUAUUCUGAUUGGUCAUCGAUUUGAAUACCAUGACAAGGACUUCCAAAACCUGAUGGCCAGAAUGGGGAUUUUAUUUUCAGAUCAGCAAAACGUAAGCCUGGUGAAUUUCUUUCCCUGGUUAAAGUAUCUUCCAGGAGAUUUCUUCCAGGCCAAGAGAAUCACGUCAAAUGUACAGGCAAUCCUGAAAAUGUUAAAGAAGUUCAUCGAAGAGAAAAGACGACAUAUUGAAGAUUCCAAUGAAGUGUGCAAUCUAAUCGAUGCUUACACAGUUGAAAUGAACAAGAAAAUUCAAUCUGGCAUACCGACUCUUCUCGACGAUGAAAGUUUAAUUAAGAUCAUGUUUGAGUUGUUCCUGGCAGGCACAGAGACCACUAGUACAACCAUCUACUGGUGUCUUCUGUACAUGCUCCACAACCCUCAGGUACAAGAUAAAGUGCAUCAAGAAAUUAAAGAAAAAAUCGGGACGAAUCGAGCACCUAGUAUCCAGGAUAAAACCCAGCUGGUCUAUCUCAACGCCGUCAUCACAGAAACACAGAGGCUUGCUAGUAUUGUUCCUCUGAGCGUGACCCACAUGUGCUCUGAGGAAGCGACCCUUAGAGGCUACACUAUACCCAAAGGAACUUCCAUUAUCCCAAACCUGGACUCUGUCCUGCACGACAAGGCCACCUGGGGAGAAGACGCCGACUGUUUCAGACCUGAACGAUUCAUUGACAAAAGCGGGAAACUCAACGUCCCUGAGGAGUUUAUUCCCUUCGGCAAUGGACGACGUGUUUGUUUGGGGGAGGCCAUUGCUAAGAUGGAACUGUUCUUAUUCCUGGCGUAUAUGUUCCAGAGGUUCCAGUUCCUUCCAGUAAACCCGGGGAAACUGCCAGGGUUGGAUUAUGAGUGCGGGCUGGUCACGGCCCCUAAAGCAUACGACAUCAGAGUUGUUGAAAUCAAAUAA